AUGCUCCGGACUCCCGAGCCAUGGCCGGGGAACGCGGGGGCCGCGGGCUGCAGCCCCCCGGCUGUGCCGCCCACCCAGACCAAGCCACUCACCUCCUUCCUCAUCCAGGACAUCCUUCGGGACGGCGCUGACCGGCGCGGAGGUCACGCGGGCAUCCCACAGCCGCAGCCUUCGCGUCAGCAGUACCCGAGGCGAGACCCGAAGCCGGAGUCCGAGGGAGGAAGAGGCGGCGCCAGGGCGCAGGAGGACCAGCAGAGCGACCAGCCCCGCGCCGGGAGCGAGGAGGCCGAGAAGCCGGUGGAGACCGAACCAGAUGGGCACUUAGAGACUUAUCUGCUGGACUGUGAAAACCCUCCCAGCGCCUUACAGAGCCUACCCCCAGCCACCAAGCAGCCUCAGAAGCGCUCCCGGGCUGCCUUCUCUCACACUCAGGUCAUUGAGUUGGAGAGGAAGUUCAGCCAUCAGAAGUACCUGUCAGCCCCUGAAAGGGCUCACCUGGCCAAGAACCUCAAGCUCACAGAGACCCAAGUGAAAAUAUGGUUCCAGAACAGACGCUAUAAGACCAAGCGGAAGCAGCUCACCUCGGACCUGGGCAACCUGGAGAAGCACUCUUCCUUGCCAGCUCUUAAAGAGGAGGGCUUCCCACAGGGCUCCCUCAUCUCCGUGCACAAUACCUACCCUUACUACCCCUACAUUUACUGCCUGGGUGGCUGGAGCCCAGCUUUCUGGUAACACCAGCUCUGACAUCCAUGCUAGAUCAAGAACUGUCUUCUCUAGGUGGCCCCUCUGGAAGGCGGAAGGGCCCCAGGUUCAGGAAGGACUGGGCAGUGAGAGACAGACAGACUAGAACACAUGGAGGUUUGUGUGGAAACCCCAGAUUCUUCACUGGGGGCCAAUGAAAGAUUUGGGACAGGGAAUGAUUUCAUAUCCAAAUUGUUCCCCCAACAUAGAAAGGGGAAUCGUUUUUGCUUUUAGACCCCUACUUGAAGUGGGGAGGGAUAGAGCCAAGUGUUCUUUCUAGCACUUGGGGUGACUUUUCAGGAUUUGUCCACAUCGCUUCUGAGGAUUUUGUUCCUCCAACUCCAUCCUCUUGUGUAACUGAGCAUCCACUCAGAAGGAGCCCACCAGAGGGGGAGGGGGUGGAUGGCUCAGGAUGUCACCUACUGAAAUAAACUGAAGGUCAAGAGCCUCUCACUGGCCUUGGACCACAGCCAAGGUUUCUCUUUGUCUCUGGAACAGACGGAAACAGAGGACCUCACAGAGAAACCUUUCGUGCCCAGCACAAGUUGGCACAGGAUAUGGAGAUGGGAAGGAGGAGAUGAAAACAGAAGCUUCUGAUUAUUCCUUUUAAAAUAAUAUGCCAACUUAAGUAUUUACAGAGUGGCCCGUGCAGAACAAGAAGCACUCAUUAUGGCCUUAAGACAAGCUGUAAAAACGAAACUCUAUUGCAGGAGGUGAGCCCAGGCCAGGAGACUCUCCGCAUAUCCACGACAGUGGUCCAAGGAGGAGUCCUUAGCAACAGGUAAAAAAAAAAAAAAAAAAAACCUUCUUCUGGACCUUUUGUUCUGGGCUUGAGAAUUCAGAAUAAGAAGGUUCCUGGAGUUUGGGGGCUAUAAUUUAUACUACAGUGGGACAGAUCACAUAAUUCUUUAAGUUCCUUCCUUCCCUCCUGCUUUUAUUUUUUGUUCCUUUUCCAUGGCAGUCACCCACUGAAGCACUUUUUUUCAGCCCAUACUUUUAUGACUGCACCUAACAUAUACCUUCCUUAUUUAGCCUCGAGAUCUGGUCUCCCCCACCCGCACCCCCACCCCCCACCAAAGCUUUAUCUCUUCCUGGGUUUAAAAAAAAAAUAGUGGGGGAGCAGAUUCUGAAUUGGCUAAAAGACAUGCAUUUUUUAAAAAAAACCUAACAAUUCUUAUGUCUUUUCUUUAAAAAUAUACAGCAUUAAAUCCCAAAUCUAUUUAAAGACAUGACAGCUGCAGAAGGUCACUGCUGCUUUUAUAGGACUUUCUGGCGGCUCUGCUGUUACAAUUCAAAGCCAAAACCCUCUGGGAUCCCUGCAGGCAGAGGAGGUAAAAGGUAGUGAGCUUUCACACGUAAGGAAGAACAGGGCAGAGUGAAGGGUCAGGUGCCAGGGAGCCGUCUGGUGGGAAUCCGGGGCUGAGGGGCGGGGUGUGGAGGAAGGGGGCGUGGGCCUUAGGAAGCCCCGCCCAUGAGCAAGCUGCCGCGCGUGAUGGCCCUUUGCUGGAAGAGGCUAAGAAAAAAAGGAAACCGUUUUCAGAACACAUUAUAGUAGCUUUCAUCACCAAACAAUGAAACUGUCCAGAUGUUUCAGGAACUGUGUUUAAUGCUUAUCAAAAAAGUGGAGGUUCCCCCCAAGUGAGUUACCUGGUGACCUCAGAGAGAAUGAGAAGAGGGCACAGGAAAACUCUGGCCAUGUUUAUUCUGUUAUCUCAGGUGACCUGGGAGAUGGGCGACAUCAGCAUGAAAAAAAA